CUAAUUUUAUAAUAUAAUAUUGAAUUUUUUUUUUAAUGUUAAAUAUGGUGUCAGUAAUAUAAUUAAUUUUGAUAAAAUGUAUAUUCUAAAAGUUGUACAUAAAAAGAAAACUCGAAUAAAAUCUUAAGUGAAAUCAAUUAUUUUAUAUUAAUUUAUUUUUUUAGUUAAUUUUUAUUUGAACAUUUAUUUACUAAUUUUCUCUAAUUUUUAUAAUUAAAACUUUUAAUCUAUCUAAAUACAACAUUUGUUUAAUAGAUGGAAGAAGUACCUCAAUUAUUGGAUAGCCUUAAAUCAACUGUAGAAUGUUUGUCAAUGUGUGGUCAAUCUAAUACAUGGGAGGUUUGUGGGGGUCUCAAUCGUCUGUAUUCAAUUAUUAAAAGUAUAUUUAAACAUGGAUGUAAAUCUUCAAAUACCAAAGAAAAUGAUUGUAUUUGGCAGUUUAUUCAGGGUUUAGAUUGGUUAUACCCUAUGAUAGAAACAACAAAUUUGUUCUUUAAAAACUCUGUUAAAAUCGAUGAUUGUACAAACAAAUCAUCAGUUUGGAUUUACAAAAGUCUUGAAAACCAUACUUUAUCUGAGAAAUUAGGCUGGCUAUUAUCUGACAAAUCUCAUAUUAGUAAAUUUUACAAGCCUGAAGCAUUUUUAUGUCAAAAAAAGUAUAGUGAUGCAGCAUUGUUAUGUCUUAAAGCAGUCGAAUUGAAUCAACCAUCUUUAUUAUUAGAAAUUGAUCCCAAAUUAUAUUUAAACCCUUCAUUAUUGACUGGACAUUGUACUACAUUACCAAAAUCAAAUAAAAACAAAUAUAUUGGACAUUUAGAACCAACAAAUGACUUAAAAAUGGAGAAAUCUCUAUCCAUACUUCAUGAUAUUAGUGACCUUAAAGAAAUUAAACCUUUAAUUAAAGAUUCAUAUACGUCUAAAAUAAAAUAUAAAAGUUGCCCAAAUAUUAAUAGCAAUUUUGAUAAAUCAUGCAAUGUAAGGCGAUCAUAUAGUCAUGGCGCAGUAUCAGAAUUAAUAUCUGAUAUAUCAAAUUCUAAUUCAUCAAUUAAUACAGAAAAUGUUCAGUCUGAAUUAUUAAUUGUAAAUUAUGAACAGCUUGUAAAAGAAAAUUCUGAACUAAAUAAAUACCAAUUAUCAAAUGAUGGUAAAAUGUAUAACUACAGUACAUUAAGAAAACGUAAAAAAAGACGAGCAAAAUUUUCAUUACCAUUAAGAACUUUAGAUGAGUCUGAUGAUGAUGACAAUUGGAGUAAAAAUUCUGAUGGAUCUCGAACAUUAGUUUUACAUGAUGAAGCACAAUCUUCAAAGUUUAUUGAAUCUCCUAAAUUAGUUUCACAAUACUUUCCUGGUCAUGAUUUAUUUAAGUUUUUAUCUUCUGGAAAAUUUGCUCAAGCUAAUGCUGAACUUAGUCGAGAGAAUGCACAUUUCACUAUAUCUGAAGUAAUCAUUGCUACUAUAGAACAAAUCAAAUGCAAUCAGAAACUCAACUUUGUUAGUGAAACAUUAGAUGAAAGUGAUGAAGAAAUUAAUAAUUUAAAACAACGGAUUCAAUCCCGUAGAAGACAAAAGCAAUUUGAAAUGGUUAAAUUACCUUUACCUUCUACAUUUGAUUGUAUUUCUGAAUCUACAAAAACUGAUUACACAAUGAGUUCAUUGACUUCUUCAUAUUGCUCUACCACGUCAAGUCUAUCUACCACUGAUACUGAUGAGCUUGAAAAUGAAAACGAAAUUAUAGAUUAUUCAUCUAAAAUAUCAGUGUGUAAUUCUCCUGUUAGCUCAUUAUACUCAAAUAUAGAUUUGAGAACACCAAGUUCAUGUUCUAUGAUCACUGCUGAAAGUGUUGCUCGAUCGUUGAUUAGGCAAUUUAAUCAUGAAAAUUCACCUUCUGAUUGUAAUAUACAGUGGCUUAUAUCUGAAAAUGAAGUUGCCCAAAAAACGUUGCCUUUACCCUCAAGUUAUCCAGUUAAUCCUUAUGAACCAGAAGACUUAAAAACUACUAGUUUAAGAGGGACUUCAUUUUGGGCGCCUCCACGUCCACAAAUUAUAUUCACUACUCAUCCUCCUCCUAUAAGAAAAAAAGUGAUGGAACAACAGGGUUAUCGAUGUGCUGGUUGUAGUAUGAAAGUGGAUAUUAAAUAUGCUUCAAAAUUUCGUUAUUGUUUUUAUUUAGGUCGAUAUUUCUGUACAGGGUGUCAUAUAGAUAAAACAGCAAUAAUUCCUGGUAGAAUUAUAUCCAAAUGGGAUUUCUCCAAAUAUCCUGUAUCAUGUUUUUCAUUUACAUUACUUGAACAAUUACUUGGAGAUCCUUUAUUCAAUAUAGCUGAUUUGAAUAAUGAGUUGUAUAAACGUGCUCGUGGACUUGACAGAGUAAGAUUGUAUCGCCAGCAAUUGUCUUACAUACGAGAUUUUAUUUUUUUAUGUAGAUAUGCAAAUAAGUUACAAGAGUUGCUUGAUGAGUUAGAGCCACAUUUAAUCCCUGAACCAGAUCUUUAUUCAAUUCAAAAUAUGAUAGAUGUCAAAAAUGGAGACCUUGGAAAAAAGCUACAGAGUAUAAUUAUUAGUUGCAAUAAACAUGUGACUAACUGUCAGCUUUGUCAAGCAAGAGGUUUUUCGUGUGAAAUUUGCAAAAACAAUGAUGUACUGUUUCCAUGGGAUUUUCGUAAAGUAACAAAAUGUAAUGAGUGUGGUUCAUGUUACCAUGCAAAAUGUUUUGUAUCACGUAAAUUUCCAAUUUGUCCAAGGUGUCCUCGUUUAUUGGCUAUGUUUAAACGAAAAGACUGUAAAAGUAUCUGUGAACCAAUUUAGUCUGACUACUGUUGGAUCAAUACUUAUUGAUAUUUAUAUAAAUAUAUAUUAUUAUUAACAUUUAUAAACUUUCUAAUUUUAAUCAAUAUCAAUUUAUAUUUAACAAAACUAAACUAUGUUGUAUUCUUAUUUUUUCUAUGAUUAUUUAGCUUUAAACUCAAUUGUUUUGUAUUAUAAAGAUUUUAUUAUUUUAGUUUAUUCACAUUAUUACAUUAUAAAUUAUAUUCACCAUUCAGUAUUUUCUUUAUAAUUGUUUACUAUAUUUUAACUAAAAUAAUAAUAAUUUAUAAAAU